UAGGUUAUUACAUUUCAUUCGAGAUUUGUUUUUCUUUCUGCUUGUAUUGUUUUGUUUUUGUAUAAAAGCAAAAGCAUUUGUUUUGCAACUUUACUAAACAGCUGAUUUGCGUUUGGCAAUCGGUUUGACAUUUGAUAGACGUCGGAUUGACAUUUGCGCUUAUUUUUGCUUGUAUGAUCUUUCCACCAAAUUGUCGGGAAGGACUUGCUAAUUUCUGAUUAUUAAUAUAUUUUCGUCCAUAAAGAAGGGUAAAUUGGUGCAAAAUGACAACCGAAGAAGAACAAAUACAAGUGCUGCCGGUGAAGGAACCGCUGGACCUCAUUCGGCUCAGUCUGGACGAAAAGGUGUACGUAAAGAUGCGCAAUGAACGAGAACUACGAGGACGUUUGCAUGCGUUUGAUCAGCAUCUGAAUAUGGUACUUGGUGAUGCAGAGGAAACAGUAACCACUGUAGAAAUAGAUGAGGAAACCUAUGAAGAAGUAUAUAAAACAACCAAACGUACGAUACCGAUGCUGUUUGUGCGUGGUGAUGGUGUUAUUUUGGUAUCGCCACCUAUGAGAGUGGGCUAAAAAAAACCGCUUUAAUAUUUAAAGCAAAUAAAUUGUUAAUUAAAAAAAUUAUGUCAGUAUAAAUAAAUAUAU